UUUUGUUACAGGUUAACAUUUACUUCGUUAUUUAAGCGAUAACAAUAACCAACAUUUAAAGUUUUUUGUAUUUUAAAUUAAAUUAAUCAUUGAGAAAGAUAAACGAAGGAGAAAAAAAGAAAUAAAAUUUCAACAUAAUGACAGAUAAUACAAAAUAUCUUUUAAAUGUAACAAAUGAAAAUUUGACAACAUCGAGUAAUCGUUUAAUACCGAAUCCAUGUAUAAUGCUUGAAUUAAGUUCCAUUAAUCGUAAUCUAUCAAUAAAUGGUAUGCAACCAUUAAAACGACAUGUAACAACUCGUGUUAGAAUAUAUCAUUAUUGUGUCCUAUUUACUUCAGUUAUUGGAUUAAUUAGUAUAUCAAUAGCUUCAGUGAUAUUUUGUAUACAUACAGGUUAUUAUUUAAAUCAAUCAAAAUAUCAAAUGAACAAUACAUAUAUAUCAAAGAGUAUUAAUGGAUUUUUUAAUUAUUCUCAGUGGACAUCAUUGGGUAUAUUCUUAUUUGGAUUAUCAUUAUUAUGCAUUAGUUUUACAUUGUGUUAUUUUUACAAUUCAAUAAUUAAUCGUUCUUCAAUCAAUAAGCAAGGCUGUUCACGAUUAAAUCAUAACAAUAGUAAUACACAAGUACCUACAAUAAUUAAUAAUAAUAGUACCAUUAGUAGUAAUCAUUGUUUUCUUUCACCAUCAGUUAAUCAAACCUAAUACAGUCGUAGUUUUUGUACCUAUUUAUAAAUAGUUUAAAGUUAACAUGUACAAUCCAUGUUCCAUUGUGUUUUUAUGCAUAGCACAAUAUCAGGGAGUUUUACUUUUUUUUAUCCGGAUUUCUAUAAACAAUUUGUAUGCAAGUGAUUUAUGUGUUUAUCCCCUAAUGAUACAAAUAUACCUUAUUUCAA